AUUGGGAAGCCGCGUUUGGCCAAAACUUUUAGUGUGUUUAUUAGUUUUUAUUUCCUUAUAACUACAUCAAAAUGAACUAAGUUAACUGUAUUGGUGCAUAGAAAAUACUAAAGAAACAUCAUGGUUGCAAUAGACUGGAAUAGAGUGCUUGGAACCGAUGUAGUCAACCUUGUGCAGAACGAGGAAGAAGUCGACAGUCUUGUCAACAUUCUGGAUGGGGCCACCAUUGAUGAAAGUGAAGUAACUGAUCCUUCUAAGAUGGUGAAAUUAUUUGAAGUAACACAGGCAUGUAUGAGAUACAAGAGGAGCCAAGUGGAGGCAAUGGAAGAAGAAUUAGAAAUAUCUGUGAAAAAAGAGCAAGACUUCCUUGAUGAGGUUGAUAUAUUGCAAAGGGAGCUUGACCAAUACAGAAAACAUGCUGGUUCAGGAGGAGACGACUUCAUGAGAGAAAUUCAAAGUCUGUCCAAUAAGAAUAGGAUGCUUGAGCAGGACAUCACUGAUAAAGAUCAAGCAUUAUUUCAAGAGAAGAAUAAAGUUGAUAAGCUUAGUACUAAAAUAGAGGAAAUGGAGAGAGAGAACAGAACCUUGAAAAGAGAGGUUGAGAGAUCCAGAAUGGAUAGUAGAGAUCUGCAGAGACAGAUUGAACAACAGAGAGAAUCCUUAGCACUGCGCAGGGAAGGAGACGCUAUGAAGUCAACAAUGGCAAAGAAGAAUAAGGAAUUGUCAGAAUACUUGGAUGAGAUCAAGAUGUUACAAGAAGAAAACGAGACUCUAAAUGAUCAACUCACAGAUGUCAGGAAAGAACUUGAAGAAUCUACAAUGGAGAUGAACAAAAUGACUGAUGAAUACACAAAAUUGAAGACUGUCCUCCAGCAAUCUGAUCUUAUCCUUGAAGACAUGAGAAGGGAAAGAGAUGCGCUAAGAGCACAGAUUCAAGACCUCAGGAUCCAAUUUUCUUCAAAAUCUGAUGCUGAUGAUCAGAUAAUGAUGGCAGUCAAUCUCAAAGUAGAAGAAUGGAAGAAUGUGCUGGCUACAAAAGAUGCAGAAAUAAACCAGUAUAAAGUUAUGAUUGCAGACCUAAAGCAGAGAAUAACAGGUCUUGAAAUGGAUUCCGAYAAGUCUUCAUUGGUCAUGUUGCAGCAGGCUUUGAUGGAGAAAGAAGAACAAAUACAAAUGUUGAAAAAGGAAGUUGAAAAGGCAACGGCUGACAUGAAGGGCGUAGUAGACCAAGUUGAAGAAGUCAAAGCGCAGUCAGAAAAAGGUGUGCCAUCUGCCUUCCAACAAAAGAAAAUAGCAGAACUUGGCUCUACUCUAAGAAGAGAACAGCAUUUAGCUGGUCAGGAGAGGGAAAGAAUGUUGAAGGCUGAAGAGGCAGCCAGACAAAAAGACAAGCAGUUGAAUGAUYUGAUGGCAAGAAUGAUGCAGUAUGAGAAGGGAGAGUAUGGACUAAGUGAUGCAGUACAAGAAAUCAAAGAACACAAGGCUCAGAUCCGUAUUCGUGACCAAAAUGUUGAGUAUCUAACUGGUCAAGUCAAUAAACUCAGCCUUGCACUGAAUGAUUUGGAGAUGGAGAAUGAAGAGUUUAGAGAAAGACUUGGACUUGAUCCAAAAGAUAAACUUGACAUUGAAGAAAUCAAGCACAAGAAGAAAGUUAAAGCUGAGCAGGCAGCAGCUAUGAAUAGRGUUUUAGUGAAAGAGAUUGAACGUCUUGAAGAUGAGCGUUUGAAGUUAAAGAAACAGCUUAGRAAGCAAGCCAUGCAUAGAGGAGCAAGGGCUGUAGAGCUUGGAAUAACUGCYGAAGACCUUGCAGAUGUKGAAGAUGAACCAGAGCAAUUUCUGUUCAAGAAGAAAAUUGUUAUUGAAGACUCUGACACAGAAGAGGCCAGAACAAGAAACAAAAGGCUUCAGAGUGACAUUGAGAAAAGGGAAAAAGAAUCAGACAAAGUCAAAUCAGAGUUGAAAAAGUUUGAACUAGCAAAUAAAGAACUCCAGGAUGAAAACAAACAACUAGAGAUUGGACUUCGUGAGAUCCUGGCUAAUCUCAGAGAGAAACCAGCAUCGGUACCUGCAGCACCUGAAGGACAAGAAAAUGGUCAACAGCCACAAGGAGUAGCUAUCCAAGUUCCUGCCUUAGAUAAACUUAUGGCUAUGAUUGAGUCACGCAAUGCUGUUGGUCAGUAUGACACAAACCUGAAGCUAAAGGCAGAGAUAGAGCAACUAACAGGACGAAAUGCAGAGCUACGGCAUGAAUUACAAAAUGCAAGAAAUGAGACAGCAAAAUCCUUGAUACAAGUUGAACAUAGGCAGGCAAAGAUUGAUCAACUUCAAGAAGAAAACAAGACCCUCAAAGAGAUAGGGGAGGGGAUGGUCAAGCUUCAACCUUUACCAUUGCCUGARGGAAUGACACCAUCAUCAUCUGAAAUCAUUGGUAGUCUUAAUGAACACCUUAUACAAACUUUACAGGAACUAUCAGUGAAGGAAGAAAUGAUURCAAAAAUGGAAAAAGACCUUGAAAAUUACAAAAGGAAGUUUUCAGUCAUCACUCAUCAACAGGGCAUACUGUAUAGCGAUUACAUAGAAGAGAAGAAAAAAUGGGAAGAGGAGAUCAAAAGAAUAACAGAUGACAAGAAAUCUGUUGAGCUAGCAAGGGAACAAGAUGCUGCAAGACUACUAGAAUUUGAGCGCUUACUAGACACCUUGAACCAGGACCCUGACAAGCAGACAAAAAGACUGUCUGAAUUAACCCGCAAGAUAACUGUCCUUAGAGUGAAUGAGAAAAGUCUAUCAAGACGGUAUACAGCCAUGCAGGAAGUAGAGACAGCACUGAGAAAAGAAAACAAGAAACUUACUAAUGAAAUUGUUGAGAUGGAGACUGCUAUAGCUGAGAGACUAGGUUAUCUACAAAGGCAUAAGGAAAUGGCAUCAUAUAAAAUCCAUGCUCUCCAGCAAGCACUUGAUGACUCAGUGCCAUCUAAAGACCUAGAGAAUGCUAACAAACAGUACAACGAGCUGACAGCCAAAUACAGAGAUCUGCUACAGAGGGAAAAUACUCUUGUUUCACAGUCAGCCCAAGUUGAAAAUCUUGAGGCCGAGCUAAAGGUUUUGCAAGAACGUGAAGCUGAGCUCAAGAAAGAAAUGACAUCGUUGAAAGAGAAAAACCAUAGUUUAGAACAAAUGUUGAACGAGCUUAUUACGAAAGAUGGUAAACCAGUAGAGGAAAGCAGCCCAUCUCGCCGAGAGGAAAUCAACAGGAUAUCAAGAAAACUGGCAACUCUAGAAAUGAAGGAACUCAACGAACGCGAGCGAGCUGAACACGCUGCAAGAAAGUAUGAACAAUUGAAAAAAGUUUUCGAUGAACUAGAGAUUCGUAAUGCAGACCUUGAGCAGAAGUUUAGUGAGAUUGGCAUGUUAAACCUCGAAGCGCAGCGAAUAGAGCGUCAUUUACGUGAAGAACUAGAAGGCGCUGUCACCAAGAAUAUGCACGAGUCAGUUCUCAAGCGGUUACAUUCCUGUGAAGAAUCGGAAUCUAAGCUGAAAGUUGAAGUAUCUCGCCUUAAGGAGGUGGCAGAAGUUGCCGCACACCAGGCCGAGGCUGUUAGGGCAAAUCAGGAAAGCCAGGAUAAAGAAUUGAUGGCUUUAAGGAAACAGCUGUAUGAUGUACAGAUGGAGAGCGAUGAGAAGACGAUUAUUGGCAAGCUACACCAUCACAUUGUCGCUCUUCAAGUUAGUGAAGGAAUGGCAGUCAAAAAGCUUGAAAGUGCAACCCAGAAAGUAUCAAAACUCGAGGCGCAGAUUCUACGCCUGGAACAGAAGAUAGACGAGAAGGACCAAACAUUAUAUCACACCAAGAUGGAAAACAGAAACAAGGAGAAGUUUUUGAAAAGAACCAUUCAAGAACUACGRCGACAAUACAGUGGUUCUUUACCUCUGAUGAAGCAAGAAAGAUUUGCUAACACAAUGAGAUCUCUYCGAGAAGACAAAAUCAAGCUAGAGCAAGAUGCGGCCAAAGCCAAGACAAGAAGAGAAGCUGCAGAAGACAAACUAGCAGAGCUUGAAYURARACAAACAAGUCUUGAGGAGCUYAUCGCAACRYUGAAAGACCACAAAGGUGCUGCUAAAGUCACUGAAUGGCAUACAAAGAUGAAUGAAAUCAGACUUCAAGAUCUUAAACUUAAUCGCACUUUAGAUAGAACCAAAGAACAAAAUAAACACCUAGAAAACAUAAUCAAAUCACACGAAAGAACGAUAUCAGACUAUGAAGAAGACAUCGUCCAGAUGAGUAAACUACACGAAGAAAGRCAACURYUAUGGGAACAACGUGAAGUGGAGCUUGAAAGAACAGUUGAUCGACUUGAAAAACAACAAAAGGACAUGUUAGAAGCUGCMACUCGAUUUGAGGAAGCGACGGGAGCCAUACCUGAUCCUAACCUACCUGUAGCUAACCAACUGGAGCUUGCUGUCAGGAAGAUUAGGGAACACAUUAAAGUAAUUAUAGGAACAAAAUAUGAAAACAAAAACUUGACAAAGAAGACAGAGGAAACUGAGAAAGCACUCAAGCAAGCCGAAGAGAAGUUACUCCAGAAAGACAAGGUCAUUAACGAGCUGCGUCUUCGUCUCCCUGUGUCUGAACGAGACUCUAUUACUCAAGCUGCAACUAAAUCAGCAGAAAAAGAUGACUACGAAGCAAGACAGGCCUUGAAAGUUGCACAGGCCACUGUAUCAAGUCUACAGCAAAUGCUUUCUCGUAAAGAGCAGUCGUUAGUUAAGUAUCAGGAGAUGCUGAAGGAAGCCAGAGAUGAAGCAAAACAACAAACUGAUCAACACAAACUAGAAAUCAAAUUACUACAGGRCAGGCUACACUUAGAAUCUGAUGAAGUGUUYAAGAAAAUGAAAUUAUCCCAUCAGGAGUCGGUUAACGCACCUGGCCGAUUGAUACCAUCUGAAGAUCAACUUGCACGUUUGUCCGAACUAGAAGAGACAGUGGCAGAGCAAGACAACGCGUUGGCCAUUGCGGCUGAGAAAUUUAAACGAUCRCGUGAUGACAACGUGAAGUUACGAAGGGACCACGAAGAUCAAGUCAACGCAUUGAAAAAAGAGCAUGAACGAAAAAGUGAAAACUACGAUAAGCAAAUAAGAGAACUCCGAGACGAGAUUCAAAUCAAAGACAACAAAAACGAGGAGAAGAAUAAACAGAUUGAAGUUCUUAGAGAAGAACUGGACGCUGCUAAAGAAGCCAACGAACGAGCGCCUACUCGAACAAUGAAACAGUUAGUUGAACGUCUACGAAAUCAGCUGGCAUUGAAAGAAAAACAGCAGAAGUCAUUAAGCCAAGCUUUAUUACAACUGAGRGCUGAUAUGGUGACAGCCGCUGAAGAAAACGUACAGAUGCAUGCAAAGAAGGCUGAAGAAGAAGUUAACGUGCAACAUGUAGUGGAUAAACAAACUUCGGGUUUGCAGAAUCGUAUUGAAGAAUUACAAGAGAGAAUGGAAAAGCUUAAACGAGAAUUGAAAAAUAGGAAAGAAAGAGAGACAUCUCUUGUGGAGGAGAAGGAUAAAUUAAAACAGGAGCUAUCUAAAAAAGAUUCCGCAUUGCUAAAACUUGGCGCAGAAGUAAAGGAYUUGGAAAAUAUACAAGACCGUUUGGAAAGAAAGGACGACGAGCUCGCUGACGUGAAAAGAAAGGUUGUGCGCGCGGAAAAUGACGCUGAAAAACUCCGUAAGCAAGUCAAGUCUUUAGAAGAUCAGUUGGGCGUGGAGAGAGCAGAGGGUGAAAUUGUAGUCAUCGAGAAUCAAGACUUAGCAGCAGCUGCGCCACCUACYUUUGAUUUCCCACCUGAGCAAAAGUCCACCAAAAGUAACAUAGAAGUUGCCAAGUGGGAAGARAGCAAGAAAUGGCAACGAAAAGUCGAGAAUUUACGAGAGAAAYUGAACGACAAGACAAAAGAACUCGAAAAAGCUGAGAAAACUAACACAAUGUUGAGAGAGGCGCUGCAAAGAGGAGAGAAAGACAAAGCUGGUUUACACAAUAGAUUGAAAAGUGCUGUUCGCGUUGGUAGUACACCCGUAGUACCUCCAUCAUCGGAUGAGUUUGUGCAGGAUCUCAAGCAUAAAAUAUUUGCCUUGGAAGACGAGAAUCAAGAUCUAAAGCGUCAAUUAGUUCUUGGACACGACAAACAGUUGGAAGCGUUACAAUUACGUAACGAUCAGCUGAAUGAGGCUGUGAAGUCUUUGGAAGAAGAGCUGUCGAGACGUAUGAAUGACCAGCGAACGAUCGACCAAUCAGACGCCGAGAUGUAUAGGGACAUUCAUGAAAAGAACCAAUCGUUACAGAGACAGCUACUUGAAGCAAAGGAGGAGAACAUGGAACUAAGGUUUGAAUAUGAGCAAGCUCGCAAAGAAAAUCCACGCCUUAAGGCCCGAGUGGAUGAUUUACAAGAAUAYGUAGAAAUACUUAAAGCAGAACUGGACUCUAGUAAGAAGAGAGAAAAAGCCAGAAAGAAAAGCUUAGGAACAGGUUUAGGAGGACAGAGUGUGGAAGACAUGGAACGAGUAUUGGCCGCCAUGCGCAGAGUUGUAGAACGACUACAGGGUGAAAAUGAACAGCUGAAGAAGAGUGUUGGGGCUGGUGGACCACAAUACACCACGGUCAUGAAAGAAAAUAAUAGACUAAAGCAAGAACUAGACAGAGCAAAAGCRUCACUUAACGCGACCAAGCCAUCAUUAACGUCCUCUGGAGAACGAAAGAAUACAACAAAGUUGAUGACUGAAAAUGAGAGAUUGAGAAAAGAAUUGAAAAAGGAAAAGGAUGAAAGUGAGAAGCUUCGAGUCACGAUUGCAAACUCGGAGAGCACSAAAACAGAAUUGGUACAAGAACUUGAACAGGCUCAAGAGAGGCUUACAGGUACAAAUCUUGAGGGAAUGAGUACAAAAGAGUGGAAGUCAGUAGUUUUACCSAAAGUAUAUGAAGAAAAAAUGCAGAAACUUCAAGCAGAACUAGAGAAAAAGACAAACUUAUUGAAAGAUAUCAAGUCCUAUUUGAAAGGUGCUGCACAACGAGAAUCAGAAUUACUGAAGAAACAACAUGAACUCGAAGAAAAGAUUACUGUUUUAGAGAGAUUUCCUACAAAUAUUAAGUUAGAUAGUGAUCUAGUGAAGGAAUUACAGAAUACAAGAUUACGUGUUGCAAGCUUGGAGUCAGAAAAAGAGACAAUCAUAAACGAGAUGCAACAACUACGACGAAUGAGUCAAGCUGGAGAACUACCACGUGACCUUGAUCAACAAGAGAUCAUUGAUAAAGUUAGGAAAUAUGAUGAAAUAGUGGCUGGUGAAGUUGAAUUAAACACAAAAUUAAAAACAGUAGAARUGGAGAGAGAUAGGUUGUCACAUGAAGUGCGCAAGCUGCAAAAAGAACUCGAAGCAUUCGACCCAGCAUUUUUUGAAGAAAUCGAAGACCUCAAAUACAACUAUCAGAAAUCAGUAGAAAGAAAYGUUCUUUACGAAAGGCAGCUGAAACAGUUCUCCAAACAAUUCGGUGUYGAUGUMAAUAUCCCUUCUGACGAUGAAGGCAGUUGACGAUUGCUACAUGGAGGAUUGUAGUGUCAAUAUUUGUACAGUGUCGAUAUGUAUAUUUUCUGUAUAUAAAGGUCAGGUAGAUACUUCAUACA